AUGCCCCGGCGAAGCCGCGCGUCGUGCGGAAGCUUCUGGACUGGUCUGGCACUGGCCCUUUGUGCUUUGGGAGCAGGCCAUGCCUGUUUUACUGGCUGGGUCACUGCCCUGCGACCAGCCAGGACCUGUCUGCGUGUCGGGCCACCUGACCAGGAUGCUCUCGGGGAUGAGCUCAUGAGCUUCGGAAAGCACAAGGGCAAAAAAACCUUCAGGGAAGUUGCCAAGGAUAAGGGGUACACAGAGUGGUGCAAGCAGAAUUUGGCGGACCAGCCUUACGCCGCAGAGUUCUUGAACUAUGCUGCCGCUGCCACUUCCAAAGCCACCUCCCGCCAGCGAACAGCGCCGACCCGGACAAAGCCCCCAAAUGGCAAUGGGCAUCCUCCUGGUACUCGGGUUGUGCAUGCAAGCGCUUCCACUGCCAGGGUCGUCCGCGCCACCCCUUCGUGCCGCGACGCAGCGGGCAGCCAAGGCGGCCUCAACGCGGAUCUCUUCGAGCUUCCGCGGGGCCUGCUGGAGGGCUACCAGAUCUGGGCUUGCAAAGGCAAGGUGGAGCCCAGCGAGGAGAAAAACACGCCCUGGGCCUUUGGCUAUAAUGAUGGAUGGACCUAUGUCGGACGUGUCAAACUGGGUUACAAGCUCGUGCUGAACUUGAAGGACCCCUUGAAGCCACACCGCGACAGUGGAAGCAGCUGCAACCCCAUUGACGAGUCGGACCUGACCGAGCUAGAGGGCAGAAACGACUUGUCGACCCCUCGAGAGGUUGCUAAGAAGCAAUGUGCCUUUGCCGUCUUGCAACGAUUUUAUUUUGGUGAUAAGAUGGACCUGGGAUCUUGUAUGGCUUGCAUCCUCCUGGACGGGAAAGCCCAUGUCGCACCAACUCUGGACCAGGAGCUCUAUGCCCCGGAGGAGAAAACUUUGGGCGGCCAGAAAAGGACCGCGAUGGCUUCGCUGGUUGGCCUCAAGGUGCGCCCUUUGGGGCCGGCGCAGCCCUGGUUUACAGGCCUGGUCAUCUGCGAGCCUCCAGACAAAGAGAACGUCACGCUGACCCCGUCCAUAAAGCAGAAUCUCCUGCAGAUGACGAAGACACCGAAGGUCAAGGACGCAACUGCCAAGGCUCUUGUGGACGAGCUGCUGCUCACUGUCUCCAAGAACUGCACCAACGCGAAAGACCUGAAGAUGACCUUCGUGGCGAAUGCACUCAGGCCUUCCCUGACGGGACGAGUGCAGGAGGAGAGGUUGCGAGGUCUCAAGGGGUGGGAGAGUUUCCAAGCACUGCCUCCCUCGAUCAUGAUCCUUGAAGCAGGCCUGCGGCAGCGCAUGAUCGCUGAUGAGGUCAGCCGCCUGAGCAGCAAGAUCUUCAAACCUUCCAUGCGUCCACGCCGGGUGGAAAGCCAGCACUUCUUUCGGAAGCUGCGGCCACCAAAUCUCGUCAUCAGCGGAGGGAAUUCAGUCAUCAGCGGCGCCGAGAAACCAUCAAAGGCGUUGUUUCAAAUUGACCGUCUUGGUGCCUUCAAGGUCCGGACACAAGCCGCGCCUCUUCGACUGGCUGCGGCCAGCUUCGGCGCCGCCAAACACCAACAGACCUUCGUAGCAAGGGUCUUGGAAGAUGUGAAGAAGCUGUUGGAGACAUUUGGCCUCCAUGUCGCCGAUCCUUUGCCACCGCUGCACCACGAAGGUUCGCGCGAAGAAGUCGAGAAUGCUUUGGGAUCCGAAGCCAUUGCCCAUGCCGACGCACUGCUUCUCUUCGGCGGGAAAAUGACUGAUGCGAUGUACAACCAGGCCAAGUAUGACUGCCUACGCUCGCACAACGAUGCGGGAAAGCACAUCGCCAACCAGUGGUUUGACCUGGGCAAGAGCAACGUAUGGAGUCCCAAUUCGAAAACUCUUGUGUGGGCCGAGAAGAUCUGUGCACUUGGCAUCAUGGCCAAGCUCGGCCACGCUCCCUGGGCGAUCGAUGUUCGGCCUUGGUUCCGCGGCAAGCCGGAGGACAUCCGGGUGGGCGUGGUUGGCUACGACGUCUGCCACCUGCGCAACCCCAGAGACUUCAAGAAGCCCAUCUCUAUUGCAGCAGCCAUUCGCGUGGACAGCGAAAGUGACUCAGAUCCUUGGCUCCUGAGUCGAAUCACCUUUCGGACAGAGCACGUGAGGGCCGAGACGGUGCCCUCCGAGAGUCUGGAGGAGAUGAUUCCGGCGAGUUUCGCACGGGGACGACUGCUCAUCAUCCACCGCGACGGCGAGUUCCCGAAGGCGGAGCUCGAAUCCUUGCAGCGCUAUCACGGCGAGCUGGCCGCCAGUGAGGGCGGAAGCUCCACCACCUUUGUGCUGGUGGAGUGCGUGAAGUGGGCUGGAGGCUCGCCCCGCCUUUACGACGGGACCAAGUCUGCCCAAGCCGGCGUGAUGGCGGCCUUAAGUGACAAGGAAGCGCUCCUGGCAUCGAGCAAGGACCUCUUCCAGGGCACCGCGUGGCUUGGCGCAGGGGGCGAAGGGGGGGGCAAUCAAGAUGACAGGGAUCCUGGGUGCGCUUCGUGGUUUCGGCGCAGGAUUCGAGUCGUGGCAUUGCCGCCAUUGCCUUUCCCAGCAUUCGGGUGCCAAUUUCCGGGGUCCUUAUGA